AUGGGAAAUUCGAAUCAAAGACAUUUUGGACUUCAAGAAAAUCCAAUUCAAGGCGUGGACAUCUCCAAACUCGAGAAAUCAAUCAAAUCCGGCGAAAAACUCUCCGAAAAAACGCAAAGAAAAGCGCUCUUCACCGCCGUCGAAUCCAAUCACGCCGAGUUUCUCCAGUCGUUGAUUAAAUUCGGCGUCAAUGUGAAUCUCCAUCGACCGAGGGAUGGUUUUACGCCGCUGCACAUAGCUGCUGGCUCCUAUUUGCCCCAGAUUACGGAGAUUUUGGUUGAAGCUGGGGCUGAUCCCAGCAAAUGCGAUAUUUUGGGAAGAACUCCGAUUUGGGUCGCAGCGAGAAUGGGCGCCACCAAGAUCCUCGAACUCCUCCUCGCUUCCCCCAAAUCCGCCCAAGCCAUCAACAAAACCGACAAAACCGGCCGCACUCCCCUGAUGACCGCUGCCGCCCGAGCCCACCACGAUCCCUCCCUUGCCGCACUCCUCCUCAAAAAUGGCUCAAAAGCGCGAGCGACGGACAAAGAUGGUCAAACGAUUGCUCACAUCGCCGCAACAGUUGGGGAUGAACAAGUUUUGCAAGAGGUUCUUCAAGUUGUUCCUGACCUGGCUUUUGCAAAGGACGCGAGGCAGAAUACGCCGCUGCAUUUGGCGACGGAAAGGGGGCAGAUUAACUGCGUCAAUUUGCUGUUGAAAACUGGUGGUGCUUCUAAGGGCGUCAACCUGACCAAUGAAAAGAAGCGAACAGCCUUGUGGCUCGCAUCAGAACGCGGGGACGCCUCACUCGUCACGACUCUCCUCCGCGGUGGAGCAAGUCUGCAGCCAACUGACAAGCAAGGCUGGAAUGCUCUCCGCGCCGCAGUCUACUCCUUAUCGCCUCAAACAGUUGAGCUCCUCCUCCUCGCCUCAAAGAGCUCCGCUUCCAGCAAAGUCGACGUCAACGCCCAGUGCUCUGCCGGCAUCACUGCUCUCCACAGCGCUGCGUUUUACGAUGUCAUCGGCGAUGUCACCAAAUGUCUCUUGAAGCACAAGGCAUCAGUGAGCAUCAAGGACAAGAAGGGCAAGACGCCACUCUUUGUCGCCGUCGAAGUUGGAAACACAAACGCAGUGGCGAUUUUGUUGAAAAACGGGGCUUGCCCAAACUCGAAAAAUGCAAAAGGAAAGUCGAUUCUUCAAAAAUCAAAGGGCAAAGGAGAAUGCGAAAAGCUCCUCCGCGAAGCCAUGAGCCCAGUUUCCACUCGAUCAGGGGCCUCUCAAGCGCCUGCCAUUCCAACAAAGCGGCUCAUGACCGAUCAAUCUGGCCAAGCGUCCCUCGCCCUUGGAUCAACCGGCUCCACGGGCGAUUCUUUUACAUCGAGCGAUGGGCGGCUUUCCGAAGAUCUUUCUCAGCGACUCGGACAAAACAUCAACAGAUCCGGGUCAAAAGGCACUCUUGGCGGCAUCUCUACCACUUCCACCAGCAUCUACGGCUCGGUCAAAGCCACCACCGUCUCUGGAAUCGUCCGAUCAAUCCGAAAACGACCCGGAAAUUCGAAGAACCAGCCCAAGGUCUCUGGACGAACCUGUCUACCUGCCAAGCUCCCGGCGAACACGGGUCAACCUUCUUCAGUCCAAUGCUCUGGCGUCGGAGUCCGAGAAGCGAGACUACAUCUUCACGGCUGCGCGGUGCUUGAAUUUGAAGCAGGCACGCUGAGAUGCGAAAGGAGAUUGUACGCAAAAAUCCUUGAUGCAAGCGAAGAAAAAUUGCAAAGCUUGAUUCGAAAUGACAAUUUGAAUCUUCCAGCGUCAAGUCAGCUUGGAUCAAAGCCGAUUGAAAUUGACAUUCCAGGAUCGCCAGGAAGCCUUCUCAAGCCAGCAAAACUCCUCCUUCGCGCUGCAAAAGACAUGCCCGGCACUGAACUUCGCGUUUUCCGAAAAUCUCAUCGCGGCUGGGAAGAGCUCGAAAUUCUCGACCAAGAAAAACUGCCUUCCGAAAAUCGCUUGUGGGUGGAAACUGAUGUUCUCGGAACAUUCGUUGUUCUUUUCUGUGCGACGAGGAGUAUUCACAGCGUGACGGAGAAGCCGAUCGAGCUCUUUUCUGGAAUCUCGGUUGUUUCCAAAACCGGGCCGGUUGAUGUCGUUUGCGAGAUGGAACCGCCAGUUGAUGAUAUCGAGCGAAGACUGGACAGUGAAAUCAUAGAGGACUCCUCGAUCGCCUCCAAUCCUUACUCCGCUCCUUCUUCUACCGCGUCUCAUUCCGACGCUUGCGCUCCUCAUUCUUCCGUUUUCUUCCUUCGCCUCCUCGACCAAUCAUCAACCGAAGCUUCAAAAGUCCAGCUUUCUCUCCCUCCAGGAUUCAAGAUCGGCAAAAGCACCGCCGACCCGAACAAGUUUGAAGAAUCGGAAAAAGAGGUCAUUUUGGAAAAUGGAAAAAAAAGUGCUUUCUGCGUCUGGAGAGCUUCGAAGCCGGAGGAAAAGGUGGUUCAUGUCGAAAGAUUUCAUCAAAUGCCGCUGAGACUUUUUGUGAAGUUGAUUCAGAAUUCGAAGAAAAUCACACUCAAAAUCUCCGUUCAAGACGACGACGAUGCUCGAGAACUCGUUUGCUCCGAAUCCGAAAAAGUCGACAUCAGCUCUGGCGGCCUGGUCCAAAUGAAGGGCGUCCAAGUUUGCGUCAAUCGCGGACUCAUGCCUCUCGAAAUCCCUCUCCGAGUCAAAGAGCUGCCAAGUUCUGCUCCGGGCGUCGCAUUCACUGACAAAAGCCAUAUUCUCAUCAAGGCUAGCAAAAGAGCGAUCACGAUUCCCUUUUCAAUGCCGUCCAGAUCUUGA